GUCUACGUAAUGAAUUACAAGAAAAUAUCUAAUAAUUCGAAUAUGAAGUAGAAACAAACUGGAUUGAUAUCUGCAGUGUUCUCUUCCAUCCUAUUCAAAACAUCUUCACUCCGCCCCUGGUGGGGAGGGAGACAAAUGCCUCCGAGAGGACAAAAACCCCGCACCUGGUGGUCCGAGAUGCCGCAGCCUCUGAGAGGGAAGGCGGGGUGGCCCCAUGCGGGACACAGAGACGCGCCGCAACGCUUUGCAGGAGGUGCGCAUCUCUUGCGGGCGAAGCUGACGCGCGCGGGGCCUCUGCCAUAAGGAGAUGAUGGGGCGGCGCCUACUGACGUGGCUGGUGGUGAGUCCUCCAGGGAUGAAAGGAAGCGAAAGAGGGACGGCUAGCCCGGGGCGUCCCCCUCCAUUGCGUGCCAGGGCUUUCGCUCUUCUGAUGAGAUGAGCGCAACGGCCCGGCAGCCGCGAGGGGCGCGUUGGCUUCCGUGCCUCUUGGCUUCUGGGAUCCCAAGAUGAGGAGAGCCACGUCCGGCUUCGCCUCGUUUCUCUCCAAAGAAAAGCAGAGACCCGAGCGGAACGGGCAAGCCCAAGGAAAAGGUGGCGCAGCUGUGAGGAGAUUCCUCAGGGGGUUGUUUGGUUGGUUGGCUGGCCUGGUGUGGUUGCCUUCCCGGCCCCCCGGUCGGUGUGUGAGCCUUGGCGCGUUGGCCUCGUCGGGAUUGUUCGUCCGCCUUGGCACCUUCUUCCCCCGUUGUUCUCUCUUCGCUCGGUUGUGGGCGUUCGGUCCAUGUGUGUCGGCGUUGUGGAGGGUGCACCUUACCCGCGCACUGACCGCCAGCGCGUGCCCGGCCCCAAGCGAGCACACAAACUUUGUCAAAGCGCCAAGCCCGCGCUACUUUUCUGGGGCGGGUCUAAUCGCUCGGCUGGGGGGUUGAGUUGAGGAUGUCCUAGGCGGACCUGAUCCCUUGAGGCCGUGCUCCUCUAAUGAACACCUGCCACGACCGGCUCCUCUGGUGGGGUUUUCUUGCGUAAGUCUGAAACAUGCGCGAGCGUGACUGCGUGCACGGCCCCCGGCUUGGCCUCGGGUUCCCCUGGAGACUGAACACGGGCAGCGCCGCAACUCUAUUACACCGCGUAAGCCCCCGCAUGUUGAUGGGCAUGGGCCCCCUUCAAUACAUACAUAAAACAAGCCACUUAUCGUCUAGGACACAUUAUAUGGAUAUUAUUUCCACUAUGUAUCGAAUACCACGACUGGUGCACAUAUUUAGAACUAAAAGCAUCUUCUUCAUACCGGUGGAUUCCUUCGUCGUCAUUCCCCUGCCCUCGUUGCGCAGAUUCUGAAUGUCCUUUGAAUGCCUUUCGAAGAUUCGACCGGUCUUGUAUUUGUUAAUAGAGUUGUAUAAAGACGUCGACGUAAAACCUGAAUGAAUUGCAAGAGCUAUCUAGGAUAGGGACAAACGAUAUUCCAUUUCAGAAAUCAUGCAUAGCCAUGAUGGGAUAACCAACAUAUCCAGAACAAAAACGAUAUGACACAGGAAAAGAUCAUUCAAGAUGUUGGG